AUGAACCUCUUCAGAGCCCCUGCCGCUGCGAGGGCCGCCAAAACCCUCGACAGGACCUUAUUCUCGCGCACAAUGCCUACUAUUGCGGCGAGCGUGCGCGAUAACAAGCUCAUCGCCAAGUACAGGAAGCAACUGGACAAGACGAAUGAGGUCUUCACGAUCAACAAGUUUGAUCCCAUUGCUGCGGACCCAGAUGAGGAGCUUGCGAGAGUGGGGAGGAAGUGUCUGAUUCUGCGGCCGGACUUGAAAACCUCUGCCCCUGAGACUUGGAGUCCAGCAUUGCAAGAGGCAACCAAGAUUGGAGACCUGAAGAUUGUGCCGUUUGAUGUGACCAUUGGGUAUGAGUUGUGGAGUUACCUGGACGUUAUGAGAUCGAUUCUGCCAGAGGAACUUCACGUCGAGAUUCCAGUGGGCUUCAACACGGCUGGCCAUGUAGCACACCUGAACCUCAGGGAUAGAUAUCUCCCGUACAAGCACGUCAUUGCUCAAGUCAUUCUCGACAAGAACCCCAAUAUCCGAACCGUCAUCAAUAAGACGGACGAUGUGGGUACGGAGAAUGAGUUCCGCACAUUCAGUUACGAGGUUUUGGCAGGGCCAGAUGACUUGCUCGUGGAAGUCAGCGAGGCAGGUUGUUCGUUCAAGUUUGACUACUCCAAGGUAUACUGGAACACAAAGCUGAGUUUCGAACACCACCGACUGUGUGCCAUGUUUCAGCCCGGUGAGGUGGUUGCCGACGUCAUGGCCGGCAUUGGACCCUUUGCUGCUCCGGCGGGAAAGAAGGGUGUUUUUGUGUGGGCGAACGACAAGAACCCAGAGAGUUACAAGUAUCUCAGCGAGAUCAUCAAGAGGAACAAGGUCACCGAGUUUGUGAAACCCUUCAACCAAGACGGCCAUGACUUCAUUAAACAGGCCGCCGACCUGGUGCUCGAAGCAUCGCAACGAGGAGACUGUGCCAUCGUCAAACCCGCCAAAGUGUCGCGUAGCGCUCCGCCAUCACAGCGGCCCGAGCCAGUUCGCAUUCCCGUGCCCCCUACCGUUUCUCAUUAUGUCAUGAAUUUGCCUGCUUCCGCCCUCGAAUUCCUUCACAACUUUAAAGGCUUGUAUCACGGCCAAGAAAAGCUUUUCACGCCACAUACAGACACUAUGCUGCCCAUGAUCCAUGCGCAUUGCUUUGCCGUCAAAGCGGACGAUGCAACCCCCCUCGAUGAUAUCUGCCAACGCAUCUACGCCGAGAUUGGUGUCCAGCUCAAGCCGGGCAAUGCGGAAGUGCCAGGCGAAGUGGCUAUCCACGAGGUUCGGGAUGUUGCCCCCGCAAAACGCAUGUUCUGCGCAACAUUCCGUCUACCUCCUGAGGUGGCUUUCUCGCCGCGCGCUGGACAAGAGAACUAA